ACGGAGCAGUGGCCUGGAAGAGGCAAAAGUUGUCCUACUUCGAGAGUCAGAAUGCGGGAGGGAGCUCGAGAUUCUCAGUGUCGUUUCGAACCUAGGACGGCACAAUGUCAUCAACCACGUUGCUGUAGAGAUUAGAGAGUCAGAUCCGGUCCUCAAGCGCGAUCUAUCCGCCGCACAACUGAAGCUAAACUUGAGUUGACUCCAGAAUCCUUCUGUAUCACUUUCGCUACCCAGGGAUCACGAGUAAAGCAUCUGCUGGGAUUCGAAAGUCUGGAUUCCGAGAGCUCGUGUCCGAUGAUGAAGACGUGAAACACAGAACUUCGAAGGCUAAUGUGUCAGGCCUAGCAAGACCUGCAAUUGGAAGGACAGGCAGGGAGGCUUCGGAAUGAAGACGAUGAUCUUCUUCAAGGCCGCUUCCUUCUAGCCCAUGCCGGAAGACUCCGUAUUACUGUCCACGGAGUCGAGGAUCCGAAGGGAAUGCUGGCGCUUGAAUUGACGCAGAUAGCUUGGUGGCAAAGUAGCGGAAGUAGUGUAAAUUGCAUUUGGAAAGCCUGACAGCUCGAGGGGAGCACAGAAUCCAAGCUGCUUCCUAUUUUGAUUGCACAUCAAGCACGUCAGCAGUGGCGUUUUCAAAUUGAGAAGUUCGUGUCCACGAUAAUGGACAAGAGUUAGUUAGUGCUGGCUGAGAAGAGCUCCUUUCCUCUGCAGAGCCAUAAUUCUCUGUCUUCUCUUAUCUUUAUCUGAAAUCGAUCAUAUUUUCUUACUGCUGUAUAGUUUUCUGGACUAUUUGUGGAUUUAUCGAUAGUCUGAUAAAAACAAACUUGAGUAAAAGCAAUAGCUUGUGUGAUCCAUAUAUGAUAAAUCCAUAAAAUUAGCCUUUUCCACAGAUGUUUGUAGAUAUGCCUACAAUCUCCAGAAGAAUAGCGUUAGGAUCAUCAUUUACCGAGUAGAUUCUUGACGAGUUAAUUUUUUCACUAGGAGUGCAUAGAGCAGCCACAAAGUUAGUGCAUUCUUCCCGAUCAACCAUUCAUUCAUUCAUAAAAUCCAUGUACUCAUUCAUUUCAGCUAGCUAGCUUAGCAAGGGAAAAUACCUGGCCUUUUGGCAUUUUACUAGCAGCGGGGAGGUGCAGAAACUCUUGGAAUCAUGAGCUCCGAUUCAAGUUCCGAUCAGGAAGACAGUGUGAGAGCAAAAGAUCGUCAGCGUGCAGCAGUUUGUUGUGUUGCAUUGUACCAGGAGUUGGAAGUCGGCAAGAGUAACACUUUCGCGAGGUACAACGAUCUGAACUUUGGAGAGGUCAUUCUGGGGCCAGCGUUAUCGAAGCAAAAGCCUCGCAUUUUGAUAGCGACGGCUUAUGAUUUUGUCAACGGAGUCUAUGUUCUUACGAAAUAUGUCGCGUUCAAGGGAAGCAGUGCUCUGGAAACACUCUUUGACAUCGCGGAUUCACAACUUCAAUGCCUUCCAACUCGUGCUACUAUGAAGGGUCACAUACACAAUGGUUAUUUCAACACGUUGAAGGAUGAUCUUCCUGGUCCAGUUGAGCUCAUGGCAUUCUGUGCCAAUUUGGAUCUCAGUUCGCAGACUUCCGACCGUGAAGAUCGCACGAUCUUCUGUGGACAUGGUAUAGGAGGGGCCCUGUCUCACGUAGCCAUGCUCAGCUUACUGUUCUCUCUUUUCGGCAACGAUCCUGAGGAGAUGAAGAAUUUGUCCCACGAGAACUUUCUGUCCAUAGCCUUCGGAGCUCCUCUUUUCUUAGAUGAAGAAGCUCGAGAUUUCUUCUCAGAUAGUGGACAAAUGCCCGUUGAAAGCAGGUUCUUCAACUACAACAAUGAAGAGGAUCCUGUUCCGUUGAUGCUUCGCAAGCUCGGGGCAUAUCCAUCUGAUCCAGUAUUGCACAAAAAGCUGAAUUCAAAAUUGCAAACCAUCUUGGUUGAAUCUGGAAGUGAGUGUUUCCCAGAGAGCUCGGGACGGAGUGGGAAGAAGUUAACCAUGCCUCCUGCUCUGAGGGUAGAAGAUGCAGACACAGAAUUGAAGCGCCUGAGAUCAAUUCCGUGUCCACGCGGCAGACGAUAUGCUGCAUUCGGGAGGGUCUCUGCAACGCAACCGAAUCCAAAACCCAAAUAUUUAGACAAUUUCACCCUGAGUUGGACACAAGAUAGCUUUAAGAACCACGCGAUGACCUACUACGAGUUGAAUGUUCUGAGACAUCUAUUGCAAUAUUCCGGAGUUCCAGUACCGAAUGUUGCAGAAGGCUUACCUCCGAAGGUGGAUGAAGCUUUUCUCACGAUCAUAUCGGGUCAGCAACGAGGAGACGUGAACAGUGCUAAGCUGGAGGUCGUGGGGUACAAUCUUGGCCUGUGCCUGAGGAAGAAAUGUGCAGUGUCAGAUUUCGAGGAGAAAUGGGAGAUAACCAGAGUGGAGCAGAACAGCAUCGUGUUUCGGAACAAGGCCAAGCUCACUACUCGCGAGGUGAAAUUGCUGACGAGCAACCAGACCACAGUCAAUGUGAAGGUCAAGACCAUGUUCGGCGAGACUGAAUGGCAUCAAGUUAAUCGGAAGGCCUCGGGCACAGGAAGCCAUGUCAUAAACGAGCUCAAGCAUGUCAUCGGAAAGAUAGUCAUUCUCGACAGUGUACAAGAGACAUCAGCCGAUAGUUCUUCAAAGGAAAGGAUCAGGGUCCUGAAGCAGCAUCUGAAAAUGGCAGCAGAAAUCACAGGGCGUAAAGAGACGCAAGAUGCACUGCAGCAAUUCACUUCUGGCUUAGAUAAUCUCAAAAAGUCGGUCUUCGAUCGACGAAAAGAAGCAGACCCUUUCAUAGAUAGCGUUUCUAAUUAUCUCAAUCAAACCACAUUGUCGAUCAAACUCCCCCCGCUCAUUGGGACCAGUGAGAAACGCCAGCGCUUCUUCAGACGGGGCCUUGGUGGCUUGUCAGUGGUGACUCUGUACGUGGCCUUGGCUGUCAUUGUCAGUGUUUCCACCAUGGGCAUCGCCAUUCCCCUGGCGGCUGGAGGUUUCGUAGUCGGCGUGGCUGCUUUCAUCCUCUCGUACAGGAAGGAGAUCAAGCUGGAAGACUACGACCAGAUUGUGAAGUUCAUCUACGCCUCGUUGAGUCCAGAGCAAACAUUGCUGCCCGGGGACAAGAACGUGGCGGACUAUGAGAGGGAGAUUGUGAAGAAGGCCCGAGCCUGUGAUUCGGACGGGACAUGCGUCGAUCCUUAUAAGUGGAUACACAAGGUUGAGCACGAGCUCAAAGCCCAAGACCUCGAAACAAAGAAAACCGUCAUGGACUUCGUGAACCUGAUGCUGGCGAUCGACACUGCACACAAAGUUGCCAAGGAAGAGAAGGUGCUGGCCGUCGUUGGGCCUGAGAAUGUGGGCAAGAGUACACUGAUCAACAUUCUGCGGAAUGGAGCUCCGGAUUUGGAGGAGGACUCGGAUGAUGACGAGGACGACGAUGAGGAAGCCGAUGCAGCCUCGACCGGGUACACGACUCACACCGAUGAUCCGAAAGGCUACCGAGUGAACGCCCUGGGGAAUUUGGUGGCGGUGGACUUCCCCGGCAUGGGCGCUGCGCACGAUCGCAAACCUCUGUCCACCAUGUGGGAGGCUUUUGAGCAGCUGCCGGAUCUGUGCCUGGUUCUGAUGAGAUUCAACGGAGACGUCACAGCAGACUGUGCCAAUGUGCCCAAGGAGGUGCGCAAGAAAUUGUGUGACAGGAUAGUGCUUGUGGUGAAUCACGUGGACGGCAUCAUGAAGGGAAAUCAGUUUGCCAAAAUCUGGAAAGAGUAUCCACCGGAGAAGAUGGAGGCAUUGCGUGAGGGGUUCAUGAAAAACUCCGACAACAUGCUCGACAGCGUCAUGCUCACGUCUAUGAGACCUGUUCGAGACCUGUUCGAAGAAGAGAUAACUAAGCUGCGUGAGCGAGGGAUCAUGCUCCGCCCAGAGCUCCUCGAACAUAUUCGGUUUCUGGUUCUCACAAUCGCUAGCUCUUAGCAUUCUACAGAAUUCUUCCUCUCUGCCCGAUCAGAUACCGAGUUAUGUGAUUUCGAGAAGCUCCUUCUGCAGGAUUUGCCGAGAGUCUCCUCGGCUGGUGACCUGCCUGCUGGAAGAUUUGGACUCAAAGCCACAACCGCUGUAUCACUCGAGGGAACCAAGAGUCUACACUCUCACAGCUCCACAAUCUUCUGCUCGGCUCCUUGCCCUUCUGUAAAUAUUCAUUUACUGUACAUCAAAAUCGAUAAAAUUGUACAAGAUGCGUCUAUCUCUGGAAACCUCUCCGAUCGUCUGUGUCUCUCUCAUCUGUCGCCAUUGACGCAAAGCCUUCGUCUUCUCAAACGC